AAUAGAUUUGUGGAGGACUGCACUAGAGAUAAAUGAGAUUAUUGGAUUGACUUGACAGAUUAUAGCUCGGCCAGUUCCUCGAGGCUUCAUGGGAAAACCACAUCAGUCCGAUCAUUUAUGACCCGUGAGGUUCGGAAAUUUAAAGCCAUGCUGACCAGCUUUAUGGAAGGAUUUCUCUGCUGCCUUACCUCAAAGUCAACCAACGUCGUGGUUCCUGCAGAGUCCUCCGAACCUGCCGACGGUUACGAGUUUGUGGAGGUGAAACCAGGCCGGGUCAUUCGUGUUCGACAUGCCAUCCCCGAGCGGUCCGUGGUGGAUCAACCGGCGGGUCAGGGCGGGUGUGUCAGUUGCAAAAGAAGGAUCUCAGUCUACUGCAAUGGACAGCUGUUCAUCGAUAACCUGGGUGACAAGGCAGGGGCAGAGUUAAAGUCUUGCCAGAAUGGAGAGACAGAACCAAACGUCACGGUGGAGCUUGAACUGACAGACUGUGGCAAAUCGUCACCGCUCGUUAACGCCACUGACGCCCGGCCGGACUCGAUCAGAGCGGGUAAAGUUUUGACUUCUGAGACGGGAUCAGGAGACCCACCCGCCGCUCUUCAGGCCGAAGCGUCGCAGAACCGACGCAGGCGGAAGCCGAAGCGUACCGUGGUGAUCGACUGUGAGAGGAAAAUAUCAGCAUGUAAAGAAACGCAUGCGGACGUCGCUUUGUUCUUCAUUCAUGGCGUUGGAGGCUCUCUGGACAUCUGGAGGAGCCAGCUGGACUUCUUUUCUCGACUGGGCUACGAGGUGAUCGCCCUGGAUCUUGCAGGUCACGGGUGCAGCUCAGCACCUCUUAUACCUGCAGCCUACACAUUUUAUGCUCUGGCAGAGGACAUACGACUUAUCUUCAAGAGAUAUGCACGCAAGAGGAAUAUUCUCAUUGGACAUUCUUACGGUGUGUCGUUCUGUACCUUCCUGGCCCACGAGUACCCAGAACAGAUCCACAAGAUGGUGAUGAUCAACGGAGGUGGUCCCACAGCUCUGGAGCCCAGCCUGUGUUCCGUGUUCAACUUGCCUACCUGUGUCCUCCAUUGCCUCUCUCCACUGCUCACCUGGAGUUUUCUCAAGGCAGGUUUUGCUCGCCAGGGUGCAAAGGAGAAGCGGCUGCUGAAAGAAAACAACGCCUUCAACGUGUCCGCUUUUGUGCUGCGUGCCAUGAUGAGCGGGCAGUACUGGCCAGAGGGAGAUGAGGUGUACCAUGCUGAGCUCACUGUGCCCGUCCUGCUGGUUCAUGGAAUGCAUGAUAAAUUUGUCCCCGUUGAAGAGGAUCAAAGAAUGGCAGAGAUCCUCCUCAUCGCUUUCCUAAAGGUCUUGGCGGACGGCAGUCACAUGGUCAUGAUGGAAUGUCCAGAGGCAGUCAACACGCUCCUGCAUGAGUUCUUCCUCUGGGAACCUGCAGCCCCUCUACCGUCACAGUCCAAAACCCGCCCUGAGACCGCCAAGGCCCAAACAGACAACACCAAGGUUGCAGCAGACCCCGCCAACAAGGUGCGACCUUCUACUGCCCGGCAGGCUCCAUCAAACAGUGCGGCAGACAGCAGGUCAGACAAAAGGGACAAAAAAUGAGCGAAGAUUUAAAAGUGGCGUGAAUUCAAGUGGUUCAUUUUGGAGCCCCGUGAGCUGAAAAUAUCCAGGAGCUGAAGGUCCCUGAAGGUGGGACUAGGACACAUGUCAAAUCAGACACGAUAUGAGAAGGAAAAGGCACUUCAGUCAUGUGACCAAUCAAGAAGCUUCAGGAAAUUUGGUGGUGCCUUUAGGUGACGUUGCAUCACCUGGGCAAAGCUUCCAUCGUUUCCCACAGGACUGCAAUAUAUUUGUGGAGGUGAAAGGUUUAAAACCAAACACUUUCUUCUGUCGCUUCUUUUUGUUGUUGUUUUUUUCAAUGUCACAAAACGGGGAUGCCUGCCCAAUUGCGGCACACGGUGCUCGUUGAGAGAAGCGAUACAGGCUUUCAUUUCUAAGUUUCUACUUCUGUCGCUUGUCGCAAUUUUGUUUUGUUUUUUUAAAUCCAGAGCGGUGAUUCUCAACUGGUGGGAUGGCGGGUCUUUGCCUGGUAGACAUGUGACAUUCACGAAAGAGUCAAGUCUUUUGAGCUCAUCUUUUAAGUGAACAAAUAAACUAUAGUCUUUCGUUGUUUGGUUUUUUACAGUAUAAAAUAACAAGACUGGUUUCCUGCCCCAACCACUUCCACACAUUACAUGUAUUGUGACAGAAAAGUGAAAACAAAAAAAAAUACAAAUCAAAUAAUAAAUAAACUGACAAAAAAUGAAAACAAAAAUAAUAAGCAAAACCAAUAGUCAUUCAUUUUGUUUGUGAGCCAUUCUUACUCGCAUAUCACAAUAAUUUUAAAUAUGGCACAAACAGAAGUUUAAUUAAGAUAAAGAUACCAAUUUAAAUAUUGGGAAGUUCUUGCAGGUAUUUUUUUUUGAUUAGAGCAUAAAUAUUUACAAUAUUGAACUUUUUGCCAUUUUUUAAAAUUAUAUGAGAUACUGAAUUGGUUUUGUCAUUAACUGUGAUCUACAAUUUAAAAAAUUUGGAAAUUUAGACUGUCAACACGAUUAAACUAUUUAAUCACAAUGAAUCACAUUUUUCCAUAGUGAACUCAUAAUAAAUUAUGAUUAAUUUGAUUUAUGAAAAUGUUUGUUGCUUUUUUUUUGCCACGCAGACUAACAAAAGACGUUUUCCACCUGGGGUCUUAUCCAGACCUUUUUAGCUCUUUCUUUCUAUGAUUAUGAAAUAAAUAUAUAUUUCAAAUGAUAUUUUUUAUGAAGUUUUCCCACUAAUUCUUACCCAGUCUCGAUAUUGUUUGUCUGACAGUCUGGGCUCUUGGAUAUUUGCGUGAGUGUGUUUAGGGGGGUGCCAAGUCGACAGAGGGCACGAUAUAACCAGGAAUACGUUGUGUAGAAAAGGUCAAACUACCGACCGGUGCAGUCCUGUUUUGCUUUAUUGUGGGCAAAAAAAAGAAAGCCCAAAUAAACAACCCACUAACUUUGCAAGUGACUUUGGAAAAAAAGUUGUAGAUCACGCGAUAAACCAUUUGUGCAAUUAAAUGAAACUUUUCUUAAUCUGUUAUUAAUGCUCUAAGAAAUACAUUUUGGAAAUGUUCCACUCUGUGCGUAGUGAUGACCAAUGUUGGUCGCUGUUGUUGUGAUGAUUGGUCACGCAGCCAAACCCAGUUGACAACCACUGAUCACUCACUAAAUGUAGUGACAAAGUUGCUAAGUUGCCAACCCUUCCGCACCGUCUUCUUAUGCUCUGGUGGAUCAGGUGCUUUACAAUGUGUUUAUGAGCAGCAGUGAACAGGUAGCAUCAAAUCGAUUUGUAGCAUUCCAAAUUUAUUUUUGGCGGACCGCCACAAACCUUUGGCAUUUUGACUCACGGUAAAAAAGAUAUGGCAACAAGUGGGUGAGGGCGACUGUGUAAACUAUAAUACUGAAAGAGUACAUGCAGCUAUUUACAGAUGAAAAGUAAAAGGUGUGGCUCAGCAAUGACCUGUGACCUUACACAUGGCUUGAGUGAAAUGGAAUAUUUUUGUACCGCAUGUAACAAUAUCUUUCAACGUAGCUUCAAAUGUACAGUACACAUUAGAAUCAAAUGUCCUGCCAGAUAUUUUGUACAUACAAAUUUUAAAUAUCAAAUACAAACAUAUAGAUGCAAGUGUCAAUCCCAGAAUUUCAUUUUGUAUAUUUCUGAUGAGACUGUUUUUUUAUUUAAGUUUUUAUACAUGGCCCAUAUACUGUAUUUGUGAUGGAUAUUAAAUCUUCUAUCUUUUA